AUGCAGUUCUCCAUCAAGACUGUCCUUACCAUCGCCAUCGGCAUGGCCGCCCUGGCUGCUCCCGCUGAGGGCAUCAGCUGCUGUGCCUUCAGCGACUGCACCGUCUGUGCCGACUACGGCCACCCGAUCGAUUCCUGCGACUUCUGCCAGGACCCCUACGGAGUCUGUUGCUAG